AGUUCCGGUCCAAUUCACUGAAUAGAAUAUAAAGAAACAAAAUAAAAAAGAAAAAGAAAAGAAAUAAAUGAAUAAUUAAUUAAUAAAUACCUAACGCCGAAAUCCCGUUUAGCUUUGUAUUGGAAGCUCGUCCGCUUAAAUUCAUAUUCAACUUCAACCUUCUUCACCUCUUCGUUGUUGUUUCGGUGAUUAAAAGUAACCUAUUUCUCAGUGGUGAAUGGAUACCGGAGGCAAUUCUUUAGCAUCUGGAGCCGAUGGGGUCAAGCGGAAAGUAAGCUAUUUCUAUGACCCAGAGGUCGGGAAUUAUUACUAUGGGCAAGGUCACCCGAUGAAGCCGCACAGGAUUCGCAUGACGCACUUCCUUCUUGCACAUUAUGGAUUGUUGCAGCAUAUGCACGUUCUCAAGCCGAAUCCCGCUAGGGACAAAGAUCUCUGCAGAUUUCAUGCCGAUGAUUAUGUUUCUUUUCUGAGGAGCAUCACACCAGAGACGCAACAGGAGCAGCUCAGGCAGCUGAAGAGGUUUAAUGUUGGUGAAGACUGUCCUGUAUUUGAUGGUCUCUACUCGUUCUGCCAGACUUAUGCUGGUGGUUCAGUUGGUGGGGCCGUGAAGCUGAAUCAUGGACAUUGUGAUAUAGCAGUGAAUUGGGCUGGUGGGUUGCAUCAUGCCAAGAAAUGCGAGGCUUCUGGUUUUUGCUAUGUGAAUGACAUCGUGCUGGCUAUCUUAGAACUUCUAAAAGUUCAUGAGCGUGUUCUGUAUGUAGACAUUGAUAUUCACCAUGGUGAUGGAGUUGAGGAAGCAUUUUACACUACAGACAGGGUGAUGACUGUUUCCUUUCAUAAAUUUGGAGAUUAUUUUCCUGGUACAGGCGAUGUACGAGACAUUGGAUAUGGGAAGGGAAAAUAUUACUCUUUGAAUGUUCCCUUGGAUGAUGGAAUUGAUGACGAAAGCUAUCAGUCUCUAUUUAAGCCAAUAAUGGGAAAGGUUAUGGAAAUUUUUAAACCUGGUGCUGUAGUAUUACAAUGUGGUGCAGACUCGCUGUCUGGAGAUCGGUUAGGAUGCUUUAAUCUCUCCAUUAAAGGCCAUGCCGAGUGUGUAAAGUUUAUGAGAUCAUUCAACGUGCCUCUACUGUUGUUAGGUGGUGGUGGUUACACUAUACGUAAUGUUGCUCGUUGCUGGUGUUAUGAGACAGGUGUAGCACUUGGUAUUGAACUUGAUGACAAGAUGCCACAACAUGAAUACUAUGAAUAUUUUGGCCCUGAUUAUACUCUGCAUGUUGCUCCAAGUAACAUGGAAAAUAAGAACUCCCGUCAUUUAUUGGAAGAGAUCAGAUCAAAGCUUCUUGAUAAUCUCUCAAGGCUUCAGCAUGCACCAAGUGUCCAGUUCCAGGAGCGGCCACCAGAUAGUGAACUACCACAGAUGGAAGAAGAUCAUGAUGGAGAGGAUGAGAGAUAUGAUCCUGACUCUGAUAUGGAUAUUGAUGAUGAACGAAAGCCUCUAUCAGGAAGAGUGAAGAGUGAAUUCCCUGAACCUGAACCAAAAGACAUGGAUGACGCCAAAGAGGAUGAGCCGAUUAGGGAAGUUGACCUGAAAUGCUCUGAACCCCUCGCCUAAAGCUAUUGCACUACCUCCAUACCAUAGUAAGUCAUUUUGGUGUAAAACAAUUGAAAUUCUAGAAAUGCUUCAUUGCGCAAAUCUAUAGACCACGUCGGCGAUUCAGACAUGCCUUUGCAUGAGGGAUCUGUAUAACUAGGAUUACUUGUAAAUUUAUGCAAGCAUAUCAAUCCACUCGGUGGUGGCAUAUCUUGAGCUGAUGAGGUGAGAUAGUAUUUAUGUUAUUACUCUGUCUCCUUGCUUAAAUUCAUUUUCUUAGUAAUGAAACAGACUAACUUUAGGCAUCUUCA